AUGCUGUCAGGUGCCGCCGUCAUGGACGCUGCCCUCCUUUUGAUUGCCGGAAACGAAACCUGUCCUCAGCCCCAGACCUCCGAGCACUUGGCUGCUAUUGAGAUCAUGAAGCUCAGCCACAUGGUUAUCCUGCAGAACAAGGUCGAUCUGUUGCGCGAGGAGAGUGCUCUGCAACACUAUCAGUCUAUCCUCAAGUUCAUCCGCGGUACCGUCGCCGAUGGUUCGCCCGUUAUCCCCAUCUCCGCUCAGUUGAAGUACAACAUCGACGCCGUCAACGAGGCUCUCGUUUCUCUGCCUAUGCCCAUCAGGAAUUACAGCGAGACUCCCCAGCUUAUGGUUAUCAGAAGUUUCGAUGUUAACAAGCCUGGUGCGGAGAUUGAUGAGCUUAAGGGUGGUGUUGCUGGUGGUUCCAUUCUUCAGGGUGUGUUGAAGGAGAACGAUGAGAUUGAGAUCCGUCCCGGUCUUGUCACCAAGGAUGAGGCCGGUAACAUUCAGUGCCGUCCCAUUUUCUCCCGUAUCGAAUCCCUGUUCGCCGAGAACAACCCUCUUCGUUUCGCUACCCCCGGUGGUCUUAUCGGUGUUGGUACCCGUAUUGAUCCCACUCUUUGCCGUGCUGAUCGUCUGGUCGGUUUCGUCCUUGGCCACCGUGGCCGCCUCCCUGCUAUCUACACCGAGAUUGAGGUUAACUACUUCCUGCUCCGCCGCCUGCUCGGUGUCAAGACCGCCGAUGGCAAGCAAGCCAAGGUUGCCAAGCUGGCUAAGAAUGAGGUUCUGAUGGUUAACAUUGGUUCCACUGCCACCGGUGCUAAGGUUCUGGGUGUCAAGGCCGAUGCCGCCAAGCUCAGCCUGACCAGCCCUGCCUGCACGGAGAUUGGAGAGAAGAUUGCCAUCAGCCGAAGAAUUGAGAAGCACUGGCGUCUGAUUGGUUGGGCCAACAUUGUCGCUGGUAACACCAUCGAGCCUAUUGCGCACUAA